UUGGGCCAAUUUUAUCCAAACAAAUAGUGUACGAAGAACAGUAGGAUUUGGAUCCGGGUCAAAAUACGGGUGAUAUUGUUUUAUAAUGAAAUGUCAAUAUUACCCUUGAACAAACUAAGACACGUCGACAGACGUACUAUUCAUUAUUUAAUUUGAACCCGUAUCUUUUUCUGCACUCCUUUUCCUUUUGCCUUUCGCAUUAUUGGUGAAAGAGUUAAGAGAGGGGUGCUCGCAAUUUGCUACACAACCAACUGGACAAUGGUGCCCUCGAGGUGUUUGAAGGAGAUACCGUCGAAGGGUUUCCAGUGUUGUUAACUUGAGAGAUCCCAUCCAUUACUCAUCAUCAAAUUUUGGUGGGACAAAAGAGUUGCACAUUGCUAGUAUGUUGUCCAUUGAGCGUUCUCAUCAUAGAUCACAUGAAGGAGAUAUUAAGGUUUCUCCAGACAAUCAAGAAGAUGACGGUGGGCAUUGGUAUUUUUCUAAGAAGGAAAUAGAGGAAAAUUCACCUUCAAGACAAGAUGGCAUUGAUUUGAAGAAAGAGACUUCUAUGCGGAACUCAUACUGCAAGCAUUUACAAGAUCUGGGGAUGAAGCUGCAAGUGCCUCAGGUGACGAUUGCGACAGCAAUGAUAUUUUGUCACCGUUUCUUCAUUUAUCAGUCUCAUGCCAAGAAUGAUAGGAAGACUAUUGCCACAGUAUGUAUGUUCCUUGCGGGUAAAGUUGAAGAGACUCCCCGUCCUUUGAAGAAUGUCAUACUAACGUCGUAUGAACUUAUUCACAAAAAGGAUGCAAAAGCUGUCCAAAAGAUCAAGCAAAAGGAGGUAUACGAACAACAAAAAGAACUUAUCUUGAUCGGAGAAAAAAUGGUGCUUGCAACUCUUGCUUUUGACCUUAAUGUACUCCAUCCAUAUAAACCUCUUGUCGAGGCAAUUAAGAAAUUUAAGGUUGCCCAGAAUGCACUCGCUCAAGUUGCCUGGAAUUUUGUGAAUGAUGGGCUCAGGACAUCACUCUGUUUGCAAUUCAAGCCCCACCACAUUGCCGCCGGUGCUAUUUUCCUUGCCGCCAAGUUCUUGAAAGUGAAGCUCCCAUCAGACGGCGAUAAGGUUUGGUGGCAGGAGUUUGAUGUCACCCCACGUCAAUUGGAGGUGGUUAGUAAUCAGAUGUUGGAAUUGUAUGAACAAAAUAGAGUGCCGCCAUCUCAGACAACUAAAGCCGAAGGUGGUGGAGGCAGUCAAAGGCCUCCUUCAAAGGGUGGUCAUAAAGAACAUUUGGCUAAUGACAGCUGUUCCCGUGGUGGAGCUCCUUCUAAGACACUACCCUCCAAGCAUUCUGACAAUCAUAACGGACCUUGUGAAGUGACUCAAACACGAACUUCUGACUAUGAAACAACAUCUGAAACAAAUUACGAGAUAGGAGACAGUGAAAUUAACAGCACAGAGCACCAUCAAGGACAAACACUGUCGGAUAAACAUAAUGGUAGAAAUUUGUCCCACAAAGACGACACGGUUGUGAAGUCACCUCAAAAGAUUGACAGAGAAAAGCUCAAAGCAGCGUAUGAACGGAGAAAGGCAUCUGGAGACAAAAUACCUCAGAAAAUGGAACCUUUGGACGAGCUCGAGUGGGAACUAGAGGAUGUUGAAUUGCCUGAGAAAAUUAAGCCUGAAAUGAAACAAAGCCGAUCUAAACACAUGAAAUACGAGAGUGAGAUUAGAGAAGAAGAAGAAGAAGGGGAAGUUGAGCCUUUUGAUGAUGAUGAUGGCAGGGGAUAUAUAUCACCUAGAUCAAGUAUUCGCAAGAGGAAAGCUGAGCAGCAAAAUGACCAUGAAAGGGAGCACAAAAAGCACAUCCAAGAGAAUCAUUUGUGACAUGUUUUCAGUGAUUGCUUGACCAUUUUUGUUUGCACGUUUUACCACGCGAUGAAUGCUUACGUCAACUUUAUUUAUCAAAGAAAUGUAAGCCGCCCGUAGUAUGGGAUAUAUAUUUAUAUUUUUCAGGAUCAAUGUAUAAUGAUUGUGGAGGUUGUUAUUAGGAGGUCGUAAUAUAAGGCAAAAAGAAACGAUCAGUUUCACUAACUGAAAUUAUUGUUCUCCAGUUGUUUCUGUUCAUUUAUUUUAUUUAUUUUUCUCCCA